ACACGAUAUUGGACGACACAAAAAUGGUUCAGGCGCAUAUAUACGCAUGAACCCCGAUGAACACCAGGUAAAUGCGCUCUGAAAAAGCGGUUUUAUAUGAGCGGUUAUUGGAUGCAGCACUGUGCAGCUAUGUCUGGUCAAAUGUACCAGAAUUGGUGCGUAAAUUGAGGAAACAUGACGUUAAUAAGGAGGCUUUGUGUGAAAUUGUGCUUGCAGAAUAUCGUCUAGAAGAACAGACAAAAGCGGAGAAAGAGGGGGAUAUAAGGGAUAAAAUCCUUGGGAAGAUCUUUGUUGAUGCUCAUGAUGUGUUGUCGGUAGUUGAUGAAGGGUUUUUGAACGAGAUUAUGGGGAUAAUUAUGAAAUUUUUGAAUGGAGUUGAAACACAGCAUGAAAAACUGCAUGCGCGUACUGUUUUGAGUCAUAUUUACUUUUUAAAAUCGGAAUAUAGUCGUGCUUUGGAGACAAUAAGUUCAUAUUGUGAAAUAACAUCAAUUUUAGAGAGUUCAGGGUAUUGUUUAUUUAAUAUAAUCAAAGGAUAUGUUAUUAAAGGUUUGUCUCAAGAAUGUAUGUAUGAGGCAUCAUUAGCAAUUGAGACGUAUAAAUCAGCAGUUUAUGCAAUAGAACAGAUAAAACAUAGAAGAAUUCCUGAAAAGUCGCGGGAAUGGCUUGAUAUAAUAUAUUACAGGUCAUGUCUUUUACUCUUAAAGUCAGAUCCAUAUAAUUCAAUUAAAUCAGGAUAUUUAGAUAAUUCUAUAUCUCUAAUUAAGAAGGAGUUGUAUUCUGCGGCUGUAUGUCGCUUUUAUUAUCAGUUACUUUCUGAGUUAUUGAAUAAUAGUAUUUCAUGUGAUAGUUCUAAAGAUCAGCCAUCAAAUUCAGAAGAUUCUGAUCUUUCUUUUUCUUUAUCAGAGUUAGAGCCUAUUAUUCUAAAAAUAGAGCCUAUAUAUAGGAAUUUAUUAACACAAGUUGUUAAUUUUCCUAAAGCUGGUAAAUUAAAUGGUAUUAUCUUGGAAUAUGUGGAUCUAGUUAUGAUGAAUUGGAAGAAUACGGGCAAGGGAUUGGAUUAUGCAGAAGCAAUUGUAGAAACCAUCUAUUAUGCCAUCAAUAAAACAUAUAAGUCUCAUCGUCUUAUACGGUACUUGAUGGAGGUCUUAACUUUCCUAAGGAACUAUGACGAGGCAUGCUGUGCAUUUGAUUUAUAUGUUGAAUUGGUUGAAAGAGCUAAAAUUUCACCUUUUCGUCAAGAAAAUAUGUUAUCUAGAAAUGAGACAAUAGAACAAGACACUGGACAGGACUAUGAUGAUGAUAUUACGGUUCUAGAGACUUAUAUAGAUGGGAUAAAGUUAUAUAUUAUUCAUUAUAAUGAUUUUGAGAAGGCAUUGGUAAUUUCUAAGAAAUUACGUCAUGCAUUGGAUACUUUAGAACCUUCAAAGCACCGUAAAAUUAUUAGUGAUAUUUGGGAGGCAAUUGGAAUAACAUAUAGUUGUCAAUCUAUGAAAACUUAUGAAGCUUCUGAGAGGCCGUCUAUACAGCAAGAUGCUGUUAAUGCUUUUAAAAAGUCUUUGGAAUAUGUUCCUGAUAAGAAAUCUAGUCUAUACCAUUUGGCAUUUCAAUAUGCUGAACAAAGGGAAAUAACAGAUGCAAUUUUAACAAUUAAGAAUGUUGUUUCUCAGAAAUAUAAGUUGUAUCAAUCAUUUCAUCUUCUUUCACUUUUAUUAUCUACUAGAGGUGAAUAUAGUCAAGCUAUUCAGAUUUGUGAGGUUGCAAUUCAAAUAUCAGGUGUUGAAACAGGGGGUAAUUUCUCUCAUUUAGAUUAUAAAGAUCUUGAAAGCCUUGUUGAGAUAAAGAUUACACUUUGUGCACUCUUAGAGGCAAGGGAUGGUAUAGAUGUUGCUAUUGAAAUGUAUAAAAACAUUUUUAAUUUCUAUGGAAAAGUUUUUAAGACAGAAUAUCCUUUUCCUGUCUUUGAAAUAUUGGAUUCAGCUCCUAUGGAAACUAUUUCUUCUGUACUUCUUAGUGAAAAUAAAGAAGUAAUGAUUAAGUCAUUUGAAGAACGGUUAUCAAGUCAUGUUUUUUUGCAAAGAUAUACUUCUAGUCAAUUGCCAUUGUUUAAUCCUUCAAGAAGAUCUAUGUCUCUUUGUUCUUUAAAUAGUAAUAUUCAUGAUUUAAGUUUGAAAUUAAAACAUAAAUAUUCAUCAUUGGAUCAUUCUGAUUUGAAUGUUUCUCGUAUUAGUCAAUUGUCUUUAGAAAAUGGGUAUCAAAAUAGGAUUUCAUCAUUUAAACAAUCUGAAUCUUAUCAUUAUUAUUUAAAAAAAGAACAAAAGAAAAUAUCCAAGCGUUGUUUAAGGAAGAUAUGGUUAGUUUUUUCAUCUUUAUGUUGUCGUGCUUCAAGAUGGAAUGAAUCUUUAAUGUCUAUUAAAGAGGCAGAAAAAAUUGGGUUGUUUCAUCCUGAUGUACAUACUCAGUGGGGUAUCUUUUAUUAUUAUUUAAAUAAAUUGGAAGAUGCUGCUAGGAGAUUUGAAUGGGCUUUAUUAGAAGAUCAUGAUCAUAUAGAUGCUAGUAUUGGAUUGAGUAAAGUUUUUUUGGACUUGGAAGGAGAGAAAUAUGAGUCCUGUAGAGAUAGAGCAGAACAAAUGUUAGAUAUGGUGACUAAACUUUCUGGUUGGGAUUCAUCAGAAGCAUGGCUUUUAUUAGGAGAGAGUUGGGAAAAAAUGAAUGAUUUAAAAAAUGCUAAAAAAGCAUAUUGGUAUGCCGUAGAAUUAGAAGAUACAAGACCGGUUAGACAUUGGAGAAACGUUUCACCAAGAUUUGUAGCAUAGAUAUUGAAUUUUAAAUAAUGAUUAAAAGUAGAUGAGCUUUUUUAUG